CCCGGGCACUCGAGCGCACACCGGGGCGGGCCGCAGCGGGGAGGUGCGGAGCGCAGCGAGGGCGGCAGCGGGAGCCAGCCGCCGCCCCUGCGCUCCGGGGCUGCGGGGCGCAUGGGGCGCGUGGAGCCAGGAACGCUCGCGGGCUGCGCACCCGGCCGCCUGCUGCGGUGAGACACGGCGCCGGACGCCCCCAGAGCUCAGGCAGUCGGGAGGAUGACCAUGGCUGGCGGCCGGCGGGGACUGGUGGCCCCGCAGAACACGUUUCUGGAGAACAUCGUGCGGCGGUCCAAUGACACUAAUUUUGUGUUGGGGAAUGCCCAGAUUGUGGACUGGCCCAUCGUGUACAGCAAUGAUGGAUUCUGCAAGCUCUCUGGUUACCACCGGGCAGAAGUGAUGCAAAAAAGCAGCGCCUGCAGUUUUAUGUAUGGAGAGCUGACCGACAAGGACACAGUAGAAAAGGUUCGCCAGACCUUUGAGAACUACGAGAUGAAUUCCUUCGAAAUUCUGAUGUACAAGAAGAACAGGACACCUGUGUGGUUUUUUGUGAAGAUUGCUCCGAUCCGAAAUGAACAGGAUAAAGUGGUCCUGUUCCUUUGCACGUUCAGCGACAUAACUGCGUUCAAGCAGCCUAUCGAGGACGACUCCUGCAAAGGUUGGGGGAAGUUUGCCCGACUGACCAGAGCUCUGACAAGCAGCAGGGGAGUCCUGCAGCAGCUGGCCCCCAGUGUGCAGAAGGGUGAGAACGUUCAUAAGCACUCGCGCCUGGCAGAGGUCCUGCAGCUGGGUUCAGACAUCCUUCCGCAGUACAAGCAAGAGGCGCCAAAGACACCCCCUCACAUCAUCCUACACUACUGUGUCUUUAAGACCACAUGGGAUUGGAUCAUCUUGAUCCUGACCUUCUACACAGCCAUCCUGGUCCCUUACAACGUCUCCUUUAAAACCAGGCAGAAUAAUGUGGCCUGGCUGGUGGUGGACAGCAUCGUGGAUGUCAUCUUUUUGGUGGACAUUGUUUUGAAUUUUCACACCACCUUUGUCGGGCCAGCGGGGGAAGUGAUCUCUGACCCCAAACUUAUCCGCAUGAACUACCUGAAGACGUGGUUCGUGAUCGACCUUCUGUCCUGUUUGCCGUAUGACGUCAUCAACGCUUUUGAGAACGUGGAUGAGGGCAUCAGCAGCCUGUUCAGUUCUCUGAAAGUUGUGCGGCUGCUCCGACUUGGGCGAGUAGCCCGCAAGCUGGACCAUUACAUCGAGUAUGGAGCCGCGGUACUGGUCCUGUUGGUGUGUGUGUUCGGGCUUGCUGCCCACUGGAUGGCCUGCAUCUGGUACAGCAUUGGGGACUAUGAGAUCUUUGAUGAAGACACCAAGACCAUCCGCAACAACAGCUGGCUCUACCAACUGGCACUGGACAUCGGCACUCCAUACCAGUUUAAUGGGUCUGGUUCGGGGAAGUGGGAAGGUGGGCCAAGCAAGAACUCUGUCUACAUCUCCUCGCUGUACUUCACCAUGACCAGCCUCACCAGUGUGGGCUUUGGUAACAUUGCCCCAUCCACAGACAUCGAGAAGAUCUUCGCAGUGGCUAUCAUGAUGAUUGGCUCUCUUCUGUAUGCCACCAUCUUUGGGAACGUGACAACCAUUUUCCAGCAGAUGUACGCCAACACCAACAGGUAUCAUGAGAUGCUCAACAGUGUCCGAGAUUUCCUGAAGCUCUACCAGGUGCCCAAAGGGCUGAGCGAACGGGUCAUGGACUACAUUGUGUCCACCUGGUCUAUGUCCCGAGGCAUCGACACAGAGAAGGUCCUACAGAUCUGCCCCAAGGACAUGAGAGCUGACAUUUGCGUGCACCUGAACCGCAAAGUGUUCAAAGAACACCCCGCCUUCCGACUUGCCAGUGAUGGCUGCCUGCGGGCCUUGGCCAUGGAGUUCCAGACAGUGCACUGCGCCCCUGGGGACCUCAUCUAUCAUGCUGGGGAGAGUGUGGACAGCCUCUGCUUCGUGGUCUCAGGCUCCCUGGAGGUGAUCCAGGAUGACGAGGUGGUGGCUAUCCUAGGGAAAGGAGACGUGUUUGGGGAUGUUUUCUGGAAGGAGGCUACCCUUGCACAGUCCUGUGCUAACGUCCGGGCCUUGACCUACUGUGACCUGCACGUGAUCAAGAGGGAUGCCCUGCAGAAAGUGCUAGAAUUCUACACAGCCUUCUCCCACUCCUUCUCCCGGAACCUGAUUCUCACCUACAACCUGAGGAAGAGGAUUGUGUUCCGGAAGAUCAGCGAUGUGAAACGAGAAGAAGAGGAGAGGAUGAAACGGAAGAAUGAGGCCCCCCUUAUCCUGCCUCCUGACCACCCUGUCAGGAGACUCUUCCAAAGGUUCCGUCAGCAGAAAGAAGCCAGGCUGGCAGCCGAGAGAGGGGGCCGGGACCUGGAUGACCUGGAUGUAGAGAAGGGAAAUGCCCUCGCAGACCAUACCUCAGCCAACCACAGCCUGGUGAAGGCCAGUGUGGUCACAGUGCGUGAGAGUCCCGCCACGCCUGUGUCCUUCCAGGCAGCCUCCACCUCCACAGUGUCAGACCAUGCCAAACUGCAUGCACCUGGAUCUGAGUGCCUGGCUCCCAAGGCAGUUAGCGGCGACCCUGCCAAGCGCAAAGGCUGGGCCCGCUUCAAAGAUGCCUGUGGGAAGGGUGAGGAUUGGAACAAGGUAUCCAAGGCAGAGUCCAUGGAGACGCUGCCCGAGAGGACAAAGGCACCAGGCGAGGCCACGCUGAAGAAGACAGACUCCUGUGACAGCGGAAUCACCAAGAGCGACCUGCGCUUGGACAAUGUGGGUGAGGCCAGGAGCCCCCAGGACCGAAGCCCCAUCUUGGCAGAGGUCAAGCAUUCUUUCUACCCCAUCCCGGAGCAGACGCUGCAGGCCACAGUGCUAGAGGUGAAGCAUGAGCUGAAGGAGGACAUCAAGGCCUUGAAUGCCAAAAUGACCUCCAUUGAGAAGCAGCUGUCUGAGAUCCUCAGGAUACUGAUGUCCAGAGGAUCCUCCCAAUCUCCUCAGGAGGCCUGUGAGAUCUCCAGGCCCCAGUCCCCAGAGUCAGAUAGAGACAUUUUUGGAGCAAGCUGAGAGGACCAUUUCAAAACAAACAAACAUACACAAAAAAAAAAAUCAAAGACAAAAGCCUGCCCCCCACUCCUGUCCCUGACUCUACCCACCACACCAAACACAUGACCAACAACUCUCAAACUGGGCUUUUUCUGACAGGAAGUCAAAGUCAGACCAAGUGUGCCUGCGUGGUCUCUGGAAAACAUAAGAGGGAACAUGGCCAGGAACCCCACCCUGCAAGAUGGCAGCUGUGUUGGAACAGCCUCUGUCAGUUGUUGAAGAAAGGGCAUGCUAUUCCUCAAAAGAGCAUUUCCUCUAACAUGUUUUACCAAUGUGAUAUUUGUAAAGGGUUAAAAUUAUCAGGAAAGGGCAGCAGCCAUGUAGAGACUGGUGGGAGAGUCCUGAGAACCUCUCAGAAAUAGACCACACUGGGCUUCUUUACCAAGAUCCCUGAAGACCACCAUGGGCACAGGGACUUUUGGGCAUUCACCACCCCUGUGUAGCGGUGUCUGACAUCACCACCUGUUUUUCUACCUUCGUUAUUUGUAACAAGCUCGUGAUGGCUUCUAUGUAACAAGCUUGAUAGCUUCACGAGCAUCAGGCUUUCUACCUUCAGUUAUUUGUAACAAGCUGGUGAUAGGAGGAACUUGAUAGACUGGAAAGCCUUUCCGCUCUGACAAUAGAGGUGGAGCAUCAGGUGCUGUGCCGUGGACACACAGGCUGGGCCCCUCAGGUUUCCUUGCCCAGAAGAGGUGAGGCAAGAGUAAGGCUGGAGAGGGCCCUCAGCUCUGAGUGGGCCCUGUUGUAUGGUCCGCAGCCUGCUCCCAUGGAUGGUUGAUAUGGAACCUCCCAGACUCCAGGGGACCCUCUGGAGCUGUUCUAUCUUACAGGCCUCAUGACAAGAGCUUCUCUCCUCCUCCCUCAACCGACCUUUUCCCAAGCUUGUUCAUGGCUUUCCUCAGGGUGUAGAGCAUCGACAGGAAGGGGCAGGAGCCCAGCAUUGCUUUCCUAACAAAGAAGACACACAUACAACCUCAAAAAAAAAAUGAUUGUAGCAAGUACUAGAUUUCUACUUUGAUUCUCAUGGGGAUUUCUGUCCAGUGCAUGAGGUCAUUAGAGGACACGUGGGAGCCACACUUAGCCUUAUUUGAAAGCCAACCUACUUCCUACUCUAAAAAUAAUGGCAGGACCAUGAUUUUUCUCUCUUAGGGAGCUGGAGGGAAACAAGCACUGGUUUUCAAAAUAUCUCAGUAAUAAGUUGGGGGAUGUGACAGUGGAACUAUGGUCGGGGGGAGGUGGGGACUCAGAGCCAUGGUCACAGGGCCAUCUCUGUGCCAUCCAAAUUCCCACAUCAUGGUGCUCAGGGACACUCGCUGCCUCCAUCACUUGAGGGAAGGUUGUUUGGUCUCCUUUCAAUGGCAUUGGACAGGAUGGAGGAGCUGGCUCAGGGGCAUACCUGGAGAGAUGUCAGAGGUGUAACUCUGCCAGUGAGCCUGGAAGCUCCACUCUGCAGUGAGAUUUGAGAGAGCAGUCGGGAGAGCAAGUGACGAGGGCACCUCUGCUUAGCAUUGCUGGGCUAUUGCAAUUAAGAAUGUCAGCCUCUCUGGGGAACCUGACAUUCGAGACCUGCCCUACCAAAGAUACCUACUGUUCUGCUUGGUGGCCAUGGCACAUGCUGAGACUUGAUACAUGGCUGGAUAGCCCUGGGAAAUCAAGGGUGUGCACAUGUGUAGCUUUUCACACAAUGCUUAAUGGCUGGCUUGUGGCAUCCCUAGACCAAGACAUGGCAGCCCUCAAAGACACUCACUGGUGACUGUGGGUGAAGCUAGGCCUGCAGUCUCUUGAGCUGCUGGCAAGUAACACUUGGAGACUGAAGUUCUGGAGUCCCAUCUGCCAGCUGCCCCUGAAUGUCUCACAAGGCCACUCCUCACAUAACCUGGUUCUAAAGUUUAUGAACUGCUCAGUUUAGGGUAGGUGGGCCUCAGUCCCCAGAGUCAGAUAGAGACAUUUUUCCUAAAACAUUCAGCCUCAGAUGCACUUGCUCCUAGAGAUCUUUCUGGAACUUGUUGGGAUUUAAUGACCCUCUAGCAUCUUGCUGGCUUGUAGAGCAGGGGUUCCAUUGCUCCUUGUCUAAGGGAGUGGUAAGCCUCCUUAAGACGCAUCUCCCCAUUUGGGUCUUAAGAGAUUCAGAUGCUGGGGACAGGUAAGCUCACCUUUGUGACAGGUGACAGAUAAAGCUUCAGGCUGCUCUCUGGGGUCAAUGCGCAUUAGGCUGAAGUCCCAUUAGACAGAGGUCUACACCCUGCAAGGGGUGUCUCUACUCAUCUUGGGGUUCUAGGAGUCUAGGCUUCAGUUCCUGAAGAUGAUAGUGAAGAACACCUGAGAGUGGCUUUUAGUUUACCCGAUCUCUACAGCAGUCUUGCUGAGAUUGCCUUCUCUGAAACGAAUUUUAAAUGAGCCAACCAACCCAUGUCUCUUUACCGUCAUGGCAUGCACUGGGCCAGAGGCAGGUCUUGAGCAAGGACCACAGGACACAGAUACCCACAGCCUGCACCUUCCUGCUUUAGCCAUUAUCUGGUGGCUGGGGAGAGACCAGGAAACAAAGAGUUGCCAUGUGCAGCCUGAACACCGAGAGUUCAGACAAAUUAAGCUGUGAGACACUUUGUCCUUUUGGGGGCGGGAAGGAUGAACACAUGAUGUGGUGCACCACUGGCCAGUAAGUGCUGGCCACUUGGUCUCUCUAAAGGAGCUACUGUGAAUGUCAUCCACAGAGAGGUACCAUUUCCCAGUGGCUAUCCUGACAGGAGACUUUGAUGGACUGCUCUCUUCCUGAGGUUGUGCAGUAGUGUGGGUAUCAGAACCAAAAUGGCAGUUGACCUUCUGGCUUUGGUGAGCAUACUGUCUUGUCAGCCAUGUCAUCCCAGGAUAGUGGCAGGUUGCUGCAUGGGGCAUGUGGCAGCCUUUGCAUUGCUGUGAUCUCGGCUUGGCCAACCCCACUUCUCUGUUUACUGCUGGAGCAGGGCCCAAGUGUUUUGACCCCCGUGCCUGUUGUAGCAGCUUCCUGCUGGCUUGCUUUGUUGGUUUUUGGUGCUGGAGGUCAAAGUUAGGCCCUUGCUCAUGCUAGGGAAGAGCUCUGCCAUUGAAUGGUACCUCUGGAUUCCCGGCAAGUUUCUGGAUACACAUUUUUCACUUCAAUUUCUUGUUAUCUGGUUCCUAGGCCCUGUUUUAGCCUCCACCUCUUAGAGUCCCUGCUGCUUCAAGAGCAAGGACGGUUGGGCAAGGGGUAGAAACAUACUACCACCCCGCCAUCCGUAGGCUUCAGCCUCUGCAUCCUUCAGUGCAAAGAGAGAAUAUUAAGCCAAAUGCUGGGUGUGUCCAAGUUGGAGCAGGGAUGGAGCAAACUCUUCAGAAAUACCAGUCAGAGGCAGACAGGCCCUCAUCUCUCUGUGACACUGACAUCUCACAGGUACACCGUGGGGCCUCUCAGGAGCCCUGGUGAAGGUACAAAUCAUAGAUGUGCACGCAACUAAUUUUGUGUUUUGUUUUGCAAUAAAGAUGUUUAGCCUUAAGAUCCUUGAGUGGAAGUCCAGCUGCUGUGAGGGUGCCAGUAACCCCUUUUUUUUACCCCAUCUCUUUGUGUGGCUUAGAAAAGAGGCCUGCCUAAGUUUGCUCUGGCCCUCAGAUGCCCUCUCCUACCUAAAUGUCCCUAUCGUCAUUGCUGCUCCAUGUACUGCCUUCUAACUUGCAUCAAUAAAAACUAUCUUCACCAGCUCCCGUGCUCUCCACCUGAAGGAGUCCUCAGAGUCCUUGAAGCAUCGACCCUAUGCUUCCAAGAAAGGACCAUUUCCCACCCAAGGUGUUGGUGUGGAGACACACACGUUCCUUGCUGCCUCUCACACAGUUCAAAGGAAUCGAUGUGAAUUUACCUGCAGCUUAAGUGAGUCUCGAGUGAAACGUCAAGUCUUCACACUAGUGAAUCAGAACCUUUAAAGGAGGUCUUGAAUUCCUGUGGGUCCCAGACCUGGUGGGCAUCUCCACCUGCCACUUGACCUUCCUUAGAGCUACUGACACUCUAUACCUGUGACUUCUCAGUCAUCCCAUCGACCCAUUAGUCCUUGAGAAGUUCACAGCUCGCCUUUCAGAAGACAGUUUCUUGGUAAGAACUCAGCGCACCCCGAACUCCCCCUCAUGAAUGUAGCCUCUUAAUAUUCAGACACUGUAUUUCAGCAUCAGUUGGAGACUGUCCACCAUCCAAGUUGCAAGGACAUUUAUACUCACGAGCAGUUCGUCAUCCCGGGGCUUCUCAUACAAACAUUCUCCAUCAGAUCCUGCCAAAUCCUUUAUCGGGAUUUUUUUUGUUGUUGUUAUUGUUGUUUCUUUUUCCUCUGUCUGAAUGAGCAUGAAUAAACAGGUGCAAAUGAGCCGAGGCUAUUUUUGUGGUCAGCCGAGGAUGCUGCCAAGAGCUCCCCUGUGUGGCUGCGUGGAUGUGGAGAACAUGUGGGCACUCCGUGGAUGAUACCCCUUUCUUGACAUUUUUAAACAAGCACAAAUGCUAUUUGUAAAAAAAAAAAAAAAAAAAAAAAAAAAGUUUAAUUUUAUUUAUUAUGGUAAUAAACUAUUUUAUACGUGA